AAAACGGCGCCCUUGCAUUUUGACUUCAAUGUGCGUCGUAAUAGCACACCGUAUGAGACCCACGUAUUGUCUAGUGUUUCCAGAGCAUUUGAGAACGAGGAGUCGACUCUAGGGCCUAGUUGUUACUGUUGAACGCGUGUUUUCCAGACACUUCAACGCUUCACGGUACCGUACUUCGCUGUGAUUUCAAGGCCCUGUUGCAAGACGGGCGACAAGAUGUCUUUAAAACUCGUCACCAUUCUGAAACUGGCCGUAUUUUGCUCGCUGAUGGCAUCACUCCACGGCAUGGAUUCACAGGACAGCCCUCCUGCUUCCAAAAAGUACAAAUUCCUGUACUUUGUCUCCAUGGUGGGAGGCAGCCACUUCUCAUCCUUGACAAUGUCCGGUAAGGAAUUGGUCAAACAAGGUCACAAGGUGGUCUCUCUGGUCAGCAGCUCCAACACUCGAAAGUUGCGGACGGCUUACGCCGAUCUCUUCUCUGUCGUGGUGUUCAACUCGUCCUACACGCCCGAGAAACGAGAUUCCGUCAUGGAGAACGUCGGCAGAGUGGUCGCCACGGGUGCCUUGCGAGGUUUCUGGAGCCAGCUGGGGCACGGCAUCACUGACGGUAGCUUGACCGGCGAUCUAAAUAUAGGGAAUAUGUGGCUACAAGAGUGCGACGACUUGUUGGGAGACAAUGCGACCAUGCAGCGACUCCGAGAGGAGAGAUUCGACAUGAUGGUUGCCGACGAUCACGUCCCCUGCCCACCGCUCUUGGCACAAGCUCUGAACAUUCCCUUCGUCUUCCACAGCAUUGUAAACCCAGUUCCCUCGAAACAUGGGAUAUGGGCAGGGGUACUGGUUGAUCCCUCCUACAUCCCCGAGCGCGUGUUGGGCUUCACGGAUACGAUGACAUUCAUCCAGCGAGUCCAAAAUGUCCUGGCCCACAUCUACUACCGCUACUGGUGGCACUUUGUGUUUGAAUUCAGACGCUUCGAUCAGCUGAAAAUGAAAUAUAACAUCCGGCCAGAGAUCAACACGUACGACUCCUACAAGCAAGCUUUGCUUUACAUGUUCCAAGGGAGUCCGGCACUGGAUUUUCCUCGGCCGUUGCACCCCAACACCAAAUACAUUCUCUACACAGCUGGUUCGACGCCUCGCACAACGAUUGAAGAUGACGUAGCGAAGUUCCUGGAUACGGCCCCCAGUGGAGUGGUGUUGUUCUCGCUGGGCACUUUCACUGGAGCCCUGGAGCUCGAAAUUGCCCAGGUGAUUGCCGACGGCUUCGCCCAGUUGCCGCACCGAGUGCUCUGGCUAUCCUCGUCAGCUGCCCUGCCCGCUGGAGUAAAGCUAGCUGACAACACCAUGGUCGUGCGCUGGCUACCACUGCCUCAAGUCAUGGAGCAUCCCAGUAUUAAAGUGUACGUGAGCCAUGGCGGUGGUUUAACAAUGUGUGAAGCGAUUUGGGCCGGACUGCCAAUGGUAGGCCUGCCGAUCUUUGAGGAUCAGUUGGAUAACUUCGACAGAUUGGAAAGCCGCGGGGCCGGGAUGGCACUUGAUAUCACCACCUUGACACCGGAGAUCUUUAGCCGGACUAUCCACGAAGUCAGUAACAACCCAAGAUAUCGCGACAACGCACGGCGUCUAUCCAUGAUCAUGCGGGACAUGCAGGUCAUGUCUCCCCCGAUCAAGACGGCCGCUCACUGGAUCCUGCACGUCACUAAGUUCGGCGGGGACCACCUGCGCCCGGCUGUGAUGGAGCUGAAUUACGUACAACGGAACCUCCUCGAUGUCUACCUCUUCAUCUUCGCGGUCUUGGCUUUGGUCCCCGCAGUGCUCCUUGCCCUGUGUUACUGCUGCUGUAAGCGCAUGUGUGGCAAACCAGGGAAGCUGAAAGAGGCUUAGACAAUAUAAUAUGAGUAAGAAAUCUUUCGCUGCCGGCUUACAACAAAAUUGUCUGGUCAAAAUAUUAAUUGUUAAUAAAAUGUUAUGAAGGUUUAAUUGUUUGUCAUGCCCUGUUAUGUUGCUAGCUAUGCAGCUGUAUACCUGCGACUUUGUCAAACAUACGGAUUCUGGAUCACGGAUUAAAUUUUGAAAAACUUUCGACCGGUGCCAGGACCAAGUUGGUCAAAUAAAGAAAGUGAGCAGUGUCAACAUCGCAGUACUUUAGAAGUUUGAGUUUAAUUGAGGAGAGCUCGGACGAUGUUUCGAUUCAACCAAAUAGUAUUUACUAAAACGAAAGGAUAUGUAUUGAUUUUUGUGGUACUAAGCUGAUAUCUAGUGUUGUUGAUACUACGUUAAACUGUCUUUGAGUGAUUGAAAAAUUGUCUUCAUUAAAAAUAAUUAAGAAACCUCCAGUACGGAUACACUCAUGCUGACGGCAUUAGAUGAUUUUAAUAAUCUUGCUGACAUUAAUUUGUUUAGGCCUACUUGGAUACAAAUUUAAAUGUCUUCAGAAUUUGUCAAUUCAGCAGAUCGGGGUUUUGGUGCAUUUUUCCUAAACGUUAUUGGCUCACUUUGGAAUUAGUAUCUUGAAAGUGGAGCUACGCCUUUUCUGUGUGAUUUUAAAAGACAGUCCAAAAUGUUGGUGCGUUGCACAGCCCCAAUGUUGAAAAAAAAACCAUGUCUAUGAAAGUCACUUAGCUGGAUAUGUGGUGCUUCAAAUUAUCACAAAGUUCAAUGCAGAGUGCCGAAAACAUAUGACUUUGACUAGUGUGCCAGUAGUUUAGUGAACCCGUUGAAAAAACAAACCAUAAGCCUAUCAGGUAGACUACAAACUUACAGAUAGCGUCAUGUCAUUACCAGCUAUCUGUGGAGACGAAAGACCACACAAGCGGAAAUCUUUGGGUAAUACUGCGUGUAGGUACGGUGUGUUUUAGGUCGAGGUAUCAGCGACCCUUCUCUUCGGAAGGCUGCAGCAUGCGAUAAGGCGAAGGUAUUAUUGUCGCUACUCGGCGUACUGUAGAAAUAAUAACCGUGCGAAACGCGAACAAGAACGAUGCCAGAGCUAAGAAAAGGGGAUGUCGAUUUAGCAGAAAAAGUUGGUUUCAGCAAAUGGUCUUAAAAAUUUACUUUAAGAGUCUAUUCAGUACUUUUUUUAACACAACCUUGUAAAAUGCAUUUGGGGGGGGUCCCAUUUACCAUAUGCUUUUAAUUUUUGCUUUGCCACUUUCAAGCGAUAUUUCAGUUAUUUUUGGAGCAUUUUUAGUUUUGUGCUAAUGCAAAUUACACCUUCGUAAGUAGUAUGAUGAUGUCAUGCCAGAAGGAAACCGCAUAGUAAAAAUCAUUUCAGCACCGAUAUUAUCCAGAAUUUUGAAUAUAUAUCAUUGUCUAAGUUUUUCAUUUCUUUGGUGACUGUUGUAAUUUCACUUUAUGACAUUAAAGCCGCUAAUCAGAAAGUUGCACAAAAUCAGAGAAACAUAAAUCGCCCUGAUAGGGAAUUGUAG